AUGAUGAUAGCAGCCGUUAGCCAUUUCGAUACUUGAAGCUAGCUAGCGUUGGCUGACGCUCGUAUGAUUCCUAUAAUACAAAUAAUUAUCUAGUCAGCAAGAGAGAUAACUAGCUAACUAAAUCUAUAGCUGAGGUGGGAAAGUCAACUGAAGGAAACACUGGCUACCUAGCUCGCUAGGUUAGGUCUAAAAUAAGUUGUGUCAAACGUCAACCAUGGCAUUUAGUAAAGGAUAUCGUAUUUAUCACAAGCUGGACCCGCCGCCCUACAGCGUGAUUGUGGAAACAAGAAAUCGUGACGAAUGCUUGAUGUUCGAGUCUGGAGCUGUCGCGGUUCUGUCGGCAGCAGAAAAGGAGGCUAUCAAAAACACAUACACCAAGAUGCUGGACGCUUAUGGCAUCCUUGGAGUUCUUCGUCUUAACCUCGGGGACUCCAUGCUGCACAGUUUGGUGGUGGUGACUGGGUGUAGCUCCGUGGGAAAGGUGCAGGACUCGGAGGUCUUCCGGGUCACAGCCACAGAGUUUGUGUCCCUGAAGAAUGACCCGACUGAUGAAGACAGGAUCUCUGAGGUGCGGAAGGUGUUGAACUCUGGGAGCUUUUACUUCGCCUGGUCCUCUACGGGAGUGAGCCUGGACCUCAGCCUGAAUGCACACCGCAGGAUCAGAGAAGAGACAUCAGAUAAUCGCUUCUUCUGGAACCAGUCCCUGCACCUGCACCUGAAGCACUACGGGGUGAACUGCGACAACUGGCUGCUGAGGCUCAUGUGCGGCGGCGUGGAAAUCCGCACCAUCUAUGCGGGUCACAAGCAGGCCAAGGCUUGCGUCAUCUCCCGCCUCAGCUCAGAGAGGGCGGGCACGCGCUUCAACGUCCGAGGCACCAACGACGACGGCCAGGUGGCCAACUUUGUGGAAACCGAACAGGUCAUAUUCCUUGACAACAAAGUGUCAUCCUUCAUUCAAAUCCGUGGAUCAAUACCUUUAUUCUGGGAGCAGCCAGGCAUACAGGUCGGUUCCCAUCGUGUCAGGCUGUCCCGUGGCUUCGAGGCCAACGCACCAGCUUUUGAGAGGCACUUCGUGGCCCUGAAAAGGCUCUACGGCAAACAGGUGAUCAUUAACCUGCUGGGCAUGAAGGAGGGGGAGCACAUGCUGAGCAAAGCCUUCCAGAGUCACCUGAAGGCCUCGGACCAUGCCAACACCGUGAAGAUGGUCAACUUUGACUAUCACCAAAUGGUGAAAGGAGGGAAGACGGACAAGCUGUCGAGCGUUCUGAAGCCGCAGGUCAACAAGUUCCUGGAAGAGUGCGGCUUCUUCUAUUACUCCGUUGACGCUGGCAUUCAGAGAUGUCAGACUGGGACACUUCGACUCAACUGCCUAGACUGCCUGGACAGAACAAACAGUGUCCAAGCCUUCUUUGCUCUUGAGAUGCUUCCCCAGCAGCUGGAGGCUAUGAGCCUUACAGAGAAACCCCAGCUGGUGGCCCGCUUUCAGGAGGUCUUCCGCACCAUGUGGUCACUCAACGGAGACUCCAUCAGCAAGAUCUAUGCUGGCACAGGGGCUCUGGAUGGCAAGGCUAAGGGGGCGAAGCUGAAGGAUGGAGCACGCUCCGUCACCAGGACCAUCCAGAACAACUUUUUUGACACCUCCAAGCAGGAGGCCAUCGACAUCCUGAGGCUGGGCAGCACUCUGAACAGCGACCUGGCGGAUAAAGCCCGCGCCCUGCUCACCACCAGCAGUCUCUACGUCUCUGAGCCCAUUUUGCAAUCAGCGGCUCCCAGGGUGCUCCUGGGCAUGUGCCAGAACCACCACAAGUACACCAGACCCAAGAAGAUCCGCGUGUGCGUGGGCACGUGGAACGUCAACGGCGGCAAGCAGUUCCGCAGCAUCGCCUUCCGCAACCAGACGCUGAACGACUGGCUGCUGGACGCUCCCAAAAACGCCAGCCUCCCCGAGUUCCAGGACAGCAGGGCCCACCCUGCUGACAUCUUCGCCAUCGGCUUUGAGGAAAUGGUGGAGCUGAAUGCUGGCAACAUAGUCAGUGCAAGCACCACCAAUCAGAAGCUGUGGGCGGCAGAGCUACAGAAGAACAUCUCGCGGGAUCAUAAGUACGUGCUGCUGGCGUCCGAGCAGCUGGUGGGGGUCUGCCUCUUCGUCUUUGUUCGGCCCCAGCAUGCCCCGUUCAUCCGAGAUGUUGCUGUGGACACAGUCAAGACUGGCAUGGGGGGAGCCACAGGAAACAAAGGGGGCGUGGCUAUCCGCAUGCUCUUCCACACCACCAGCAUCUGCUUCGUGUGCUCGCAUUUUGCUGCUGGCCAGUCACAGGUCAAAGAGAGAAACGAUGACUACAAUGAGAUCACCCGCAAGCUCUCGUUCCCCAUGGGUCGUCUGCUCUACUCCCAUGAUUAUGUGUUCUGGUGUGGUGACUUCAACUAUCGUAUCAGCCUGCCCAACGAGGAGGUCAAAGAGCUGAUCAGGCAGCAGAACUGGGACAGCCUUAUUGCUGGGGACCAGCUGGUAGAGCAAAAGAAUGCAGGCCUGAUAUUCAAGAAUUUCAUUGAAGGAAAGCUGGACUUUGCUCCUACCUACAAGUACGACCUCUUCUCUGAUGACUACGACACGAGCGAGAAGUGCCGCACACCUGCCUGGACCGACCGUGUGCUCUGGAGGAGGAGGAAGUGGAACUUCCAGAAAACUGCAGAGGAGAUGGAUCUAAAUGUCGUAGGAGCGCCAUUAGAUGAGGAAGAUGAACACCUGUGGAGCCCUGGAGAUCUGAAGUACUAUGGCAGAGCAGAGCUGAAGACCUCAGACCACAGGCCGGUGGUUGCCAUCAUAGACGUGGACGUCCUGGAGGUGGAUCCCGAAGUGCGCCACCAGGUAUACAAAGACGUAAUCGCCCUGCAAGGCCCGCCCGAUGGCACCAUCCUGGUCUCGCUCGGCGCCUCCGGACCCAGUGACUACUUUGACGAUGCCCUCAUCGACGAGCUGCUGGACAAGUUUGCCAGCUUCGGCGAGGUCAUCCUCAUCAGGUUUGUGGAGGAGAAGAUGUGGGUGACGUUUUUGGAAGGGUACUCUGCACUAGCUGCCCUGUCCCUCAGUGGAUCUACUGUAAUGGGGAAGACCAUAGACAUCUGUCUGAAGAGCCCCGACUGGAUCAGAAGUCUGGAGGAGGAGAUGAGCGUGGAGAGGAUCUGCGGAAACAUCCCCAUGUCGGGCAGCUCCACGCUGCUCGCCGAGGACACCGACAUGGGAGACGAGUUCGACAUGGAGGGUGACGUAGACGAGGAGGUGGAGGACAUAGUCCCGCAACACCUGCAGCCUGGUCUGGGCAUGGGGCCAGGCAGUUCACCUGCUGCCUCGCCUCGCACCAGCCCUUGCCCGUCCCCGACCCACGGCGAGCCCCCGCUGCCCAUUCGGCCAAGCAGGAUGCCCCCUCGCACGGCCGCCCCGCCCCAAGGUUCUCCCAUGGACAAUCAGGGAGUUGGAGUCCCCCCUCCUCAAGGCGUGGAGCCUAAACGGCUUCCGCCGCCACGGCCCAACGCACCCCCGGCCAGGCCUGCUCCACCCCAGCGCCCUCCACCCCCAUCAGGACAAAAAAGCCCCGCUUUAGCCAGAGCAGAUAUUGCUGGACGAGGCCAAGCUGCAGGAGUCUCACGCCAGAACAUGCCUCCUAGAGCAGGUGUUAUCAGUGUGCCUCCCCAGUCCCGCCCGCCUCCUCCAGCCCACCCCGGGGCUCCACGCCCCGUAGGCGAGGUGCAUCCAGGGGCCCCUCGGCCCUCCUCAGACAACCACCCAGGAGCCCCGAGACCCAUCCCAGAACCGCAGAGAAAACCAUCAGAGCUCCCUCUGGGUCCUCCCCCCUCACUGCCGGGCCCCAUCAGGCCCCAGGUGGCCUCUCCCAUGCAGGCCCAGGCCACAUCCCCCAUGCGCCCACAGCCACAGCUGCCCCCGCCCAUGGUGCCGCAGCUGCCCCCGCCCAUGGUGCCCACAUUGGCUGCCCCCCUGCAGCCUCAGCCGGCGGCCCCGCUCGCCGGCGCUGCAGCCCAGCCUCCCCCCCAACCUGGCCUCUCCUCCCCCAAGCCGCCACCCCGCAGUCGCUCCUCCCACGCCCUGCCACCCGAUGCCGCCCCUGCUCCCGCCCUGUCUGCUGCUCCUGCUUCUCAGACCAACGUGAUGAACGGAAUCCAAAGAGAAGCACAAUGGAAACCCAACCCUUUCGACUCUUUAACCUCUGACCUCUUCUCCUCCACCUCCUGGCUGAACUCCCAGCCUCUGACACGUCAUGCCUCCCUCCACACCUCUUCAUCAUCCUCUUCCUCUUCUGCCUUGUCCACCUCCUUGUCUGUGGAUUCCACAUCCCUGUUUCCCCAGCAGAGCCUGGCUCUGACCCCAGCCCCCGGCACCACACCCUCUUUACUGGCCCUUCCGCUGCCCUCGCGCAGCCGCUCGCAGGAGACCCUGCGCGCCUCCCCCAACCCCUUCCUGUUGGACCUCCAGCCCCGGCCCAGCAGCGCCAACCCGUUCACCGGCGACCUGUCCGUGCCGCAACGCCGUUCACUCACACCCGACCUCCACGCCCUGCAGCAGGUCCAGGUGACUGAGACGAGCCCCCAGCGAGCUACGCUCGUCCUGGGCCACAGUGCCACGCUACCCCCCUCCUUCUCCAGCGCGCCGGCAUUGGCUCAGCCAAGGAAUGCCAAGACGUGGGUCACCUUUGAAGAUGAUUGGGACUUAGCCAUAUCGGGAAAAGCACCAGCAGCGGUGACGAUGACGGGGUGUCCCCUCCAGCCUCGGCACUGUGACCCAAGUGUCCAGCAGCCCCAGAGCAACGUCCACAGGUCCACCUCCAACGGCAGCUGGGCAGCCCCUUCCACCGCUGCGUUCCUAGCACUGCCCCCUCCCAUCCCGACCAGGACUAACCCCAGUGCUGCACCAAGGAACCCCAUAAUCCCCAGCACUACCAAUGAUUUCAUGGAACGAUGAUGAUACAAAGUAUAAUGUUCGACUGAGGAAUAUGUGGAAAACUGGAGAAACAUAAUUCUGUAUUUACAUGUAUGAUUUGUGCUAUUUCUGAAGUGUAGUCCCUCUAAAAUAGAUCUUUCGAUCACUCUCUAACCCAGAGCAGAACCAUGUUGAACUCAACGCAGUUCUCUUAUGCUAGAAUAAUAAUUGGCAAAGGACUGGUGCAUGUAUCAAUACCCAUAUUUGAAUACAUACACAUGCACACAACUGUGAAAUACUGUGCAAUAUAUAAGCAUCCCCUGGCCAGAUGCUUCUUAUCAAAUGCAUUAACUAUUAUGCAGAUUUAUGACCGUAUAUCAUGCAGCAUUUCAAUCCUGAGCUGCAAAAUGGUAAAUGUCUCUCUAGGAACACGCUAUGUGGUGUUUUGCACAACUUUAGUUUCUGUGGAAUCUUCAGUGGAAAUAGCCAUUCCCUGCUAGUCCUUUUUAACAUGGCCCCUGUUUUAAUGAAAACAGCUACAUAAUUGGGGAUUCUGUGAUUCUUUAUCGGGACUUCUCAUUAAGAAUGUUUCUUCAGUUUUAAUGUUUGUUUAUAUCACCUAAUAUGAUGGCAAGGAUAAAUCAUGUUGCUUACUUGGAUGUGUGUGAUCAGACAGGCUGUUUUUCUGUAUUCUCUUUUAUGUCUAGACUGAUGUGCUUAAGUAAAUAAGUUGUGAA